UCUUGCCUUUCCUAGAAACUCUUCAAGGUCCACUGGAAUGCCUCCAUCACUGUGAACAUUUUCUGAGUCCUGAUCAAAAUUCAUCUCUUCUUCCUUAAGCUCCAGUAGACCUUGGCUUGUCCCCUGUAUUAUAAAGAGCUGGCAAUGUGCCCACAGUACAGGGACUGGGUCUGAGCCUACCCAAGAGUGAGCCUUCAUAAAUGAUGACUGGUUGAAUCAUUAGUUGAGCCAUUAAUUUCUGUUCCUGAUUUCCAUUGGCCUAUAUGAGGGGAAAAGGCACAGAUUUGUUGCCUGACAAGUGGGGUAGAUGAGAACUUAUGCCUCCUGGGUCUUAACUCAGCGAGCCCUUGUUCUUUUCCCCUUCUCCAAUCAGAUAAGGUAGCCCAAGUGCUAUAUAGCAUGGGGCUCCAGAGGCCUUGUAGGAAAUGUGGGCCAGUCCUGGACUGUAUUAUUUAGAUUCUUCUCCCCCCGCCACCCCCACCCCCCACACACAACUUCUGCAUUUUUAGAGUUGUUCAUGAAUUUUAUCAUAGUUCAUGAAUUUUACCAUCAUCUUUUCUGGGAAAGAGACCUUAUAGUUAAUAAUCAAGUUUGUUAACUUUGGUUGACAGCUCUACCUAGAUAAAGGAGGGCUUCAGAACCAGUCAGUAACUCUUGAGUGCUUGGACUAUGGAGAAGUCCCUAACCUGGCCAUCUUUACUCAAGACUAUUGAGGAAAGGAGAACACCCAGCCAGUCUCAGGUUAGAGCACCAGGGAAGGAGAAUUCCCAGGAAAUCUCAGGAUAGCCCCAUAGAUGUAGGGAAGAGACACAGCUCUGCUGACCAGGAGCAUGUGGUCUGCUGAUACCUUUAUCAAUAACAAGAGAACAGCCACACAAAGCCUUAUAUAGUGUCCUCCAGUUCUUCCCCACCUGAAUCCCUGUUGCUAUGGAGACCUCCAAUGGGACUGAGACCUGGUAUCACAGUCUGCACGCUGUUCUGAAGGCUCUAAAUGCCACUCUUCACAGCAACUUGCUCUGCCGGCCAGGGCCAGACAACCUGACUGAGGAGCGGCGGGCUAACCUUCCCGGCCGCGAUGACAACUCCUACAUGUAUAUUCUCUUCGUCAUGUUCCUAUUUGCUGCCACUGUGGGCAGUCUCAUCCUGGGAUACACCCGCUCCCGCAAAGUGGACAAGCGCAGUGACCCCUACCAUGUGUACAUCAAGAACCGUGUGACUGUGAUCUGAUGUUAGGAACUAGGGUGGCUGAAGAUCAAGACAGCCGGGGAUUGUCUUCUGGGGCCUCCAGAACUCAGCCAUGGAUCACAUCAGGCCUCUGUUCCUUUCUGUAAGAUCAACAAGAAACAGUGCUAGGGGAUGCCAUCACUGGGCUGGGAGGAGAGGGGCUUUUUUCCAUCAAAGAUAGACUUGAUAGACAGUGGGAACUAUGGACAAUCAUGUAGAAGUAGCAAAAGAUAAUAACCGAUGACUGGUCCUGUGGCUGGAGUAUUGGGGGCUGGGGUUUUGGACUUGAGGAAGGAGAAAAGGAAGUUGCAGCGGAGGGAAAUAAAACAAGAAGAUGUACUGAGGACA